GCACCAUAAUAACUCCACGACUCCACGAGGCCAUAACCUCGAAACUAAAUUCAACAUAAGUAGGAGGGAAAAAAAAAUCGACGACGCCGCGGCCGGCCUUGUCGGGUUCAAUGUAAUAAAUAUCAACAAUGCUAUAAAUUUCGAUUUCAAAUGUUACUCUUUCCAGCAGUGAAAGCUUGAAGUUCAUUUACAGAUACGCUAUUACGUAAAACACAAUGCGCUUCACGCUUUUAACUUCCCUGUCAUUGGCAAUUGGUGCUGUGCCAGCUUUUGCAGCCGAAUUCACGUACGAAAACCAGACCGCCUGGUCGGAUAUCUCCCCAACCUGUGGUAUUGGAGCUCGCCAGUCUCCAAUUGAUAUUGUAACAGCUGAUGCUGUCUACAAUGAAGUUGCCCGGGACUUCGUUUAUACUAAUCCAAGCCUUGUGUUCGGCAUGAUAACUAAUAACGGACACACUAUUCAAUACACUUUAAACGACGCAUCUGCUGCUAAUACGUACGCGGAGGGAGUGCUUAGUGACAGUGAUAGUACCUUCAGUUUGAAACAACUGCAUUUUCACUGGGGUAUCACUGUUUCUAAUGGUUCUGAGCACUUGAUGGAUGGCAAGUCCUACCCACUUGAGGUACAUCUCGUACAUUUGAAUACUAAGUACGCAUCCAUUGACGAGGGAGCUGCUAAUGCUGAUGGUUUGGCUGUGAUCGGGUUGUUUUUCGAGGAAACAGCUGAUGAGAGUAUGGGCACCUCUGCAUUGGCCGCUAUCGCCGAGUAUGCGAAAACAAACAAUUCUGUUGAGUUCAUGGAUGGUGCGACAACAGAGAAGAUCCCAUUGAACCUCGAUAUACUCGUCAACCAGUCGCAGAUUUUGACUACCAAGCGGUUCUAUACAUACGAAGGGUCCCUUACCACUCCUGGAUGCAAUGAAGCGGUUCAGUGGAUUAUCGCUGAGGGCGUGGGUAAGGUGUCUACAUCAACCAUGGAUGCCAUCCGCAUGGCAAAGCACACUACAGAUCCAAGGAGAGAUACAGACGGCAUUGCACCGAAUUUUCGGGAUACGCAAGCCUUGAAUGGAAGAGUUGUAACGUCAUCAUUUGACGUAGAUGGCAAUGGUAGUACAAUCAAUAGUGUUGGACCUGCGACGUGGCUCAUAGCUGUCAUCGCCGCACUGACGGCGAUGGUUGCAUAGGACAUUCCUGAUAUCUUCCAAAGUCGCCGAUGCACAACCCAAUGCCACUGGUUUGGCGGAGCUAUAUUUGUAUUAAUUGUGUAGUAGUAUCACAGGUCGAAUACAUUUUAUUGCAUAUACAGUUUACAGCAGGUAAUUUACUUUACAACCAAGCACUUAAAUUGUUUGCACAUACAGUAAUUGGACUGGUUGGACAACAAAUAAACAGACCACAGUGUGGAAACCCAAACAAAGGUACUCACGAUUAGCUGGUUCAACUUUUUAAAAUAUCAUUACCUGGUACAGUAGGAAAUAUCUGCUUUCAAAAAUAAAGGUGGAC